CAACCAAUAUCGUCUACUCUCACACAGCACUCACCAAUCAACAAAUGACGACCAUUGUUAGUCCUGCUUUGCUCCGUAGUAGACUCGAGACUCCGUUCCUCAAAUCUCUCUUUAACCCAAACCCUAAAAUUAUCCACAAAAGACAAACCCUAAUCAGAAACUUUUCAUUGAUCUCUAAAAUGGAGGAAAGCAGUGUGCUUGCUAAUGGUGGAGGUUCGAGCUCUGCUAAUUAUGUUACCACCCUGUCCAAUGGAGGAGAUGAGGACAGUCACCAUGUGGCUCACUUCGCUUUGUCUCCCUCAAGCGUCCUCAAAAUCCAGAAAGGAGACAUCACAGAGUGGAUCGUCGAUGGCUCUUCCGAUGCCAUUGUCAAUCCAGCAAAUGAGCGAAUGCUUGGAGGUGGUGGGGCUGAUGGAGCCAUACAUAGAGCUGCUGGUCCAGAACUUCAAGCUGCAUGCUAUAAUGUCCCAGAAGUCAGACGUGGAGUUCGCUGCCCCACCGGAGAAGCCAGGAUUACUCCGGGAUUUGGAUUACCUGCAUCUCAUGUAAUUCACACUGUAGGGCCCAUAUAUGAUGUUGAUAGUAACCCCGAGGCCUCUCUGACAAGUGCAUACAGAAACAGUUUACGAGUUGCCAAAGAAAACAACAUUCAAUAUAUUGCAUUCACUGCUAUAUCGUGUGGUGUCUACGGAUAUCCUUAUGGUGAAGCUGCUACUGUGGCUAUAUCUUCAAUCAGAGAGUUUGCAAAUGACUUCAAAGAGGUCCACUUUGUUCUGUUCUCGGAUGAUAUCUACAAUGUUUGGUUGAACAAGACGAAAGAGUUGCUCCAAAAUUAGCCCAUGUGUAGAAUCAUGGCUACUUCUCUAGUAUGUACGGGUGAUGCAGAAAGCAUUAGAUGGAAGUAUAAAUGGCAUGUUGAUAUCUCUCUAUGUGAAACUGCUAGUGGCUCCACAAAACUAAUAAUAUAGGUGUUGACCUCUGUAUUAAAGAUCACAAUAAUAGUAUUAUUUGUUUUACA